AAUUAAUGAUACACCUUAUUUCCAUAACAUUGGACUGCACAAAUAGCAUGUGUAUAUAAGGCUAGCUCAACCAACGAUUUGCUCACUUUAGUUUUGAUACGGGAGCAUUCGAUUUGGGUUUGUAGAUUUAAAGUGGUAUACAAAUAUUGAAUUUGGUGCUGUCAUAUCCAGGUGUAACACCAAGAUGGUUUCAACGACCUUUUUUCAAAUAAGUUUUCUCGCCGUUUUACUUGGAAUAACAUGUCCAGUGAAUUCUAUUAAAGUGAAUAUUACCAAUUUUGGAAACUGUGACUUUCUCGAUCCAAGCGAAAAUUUGGAACAUUACGUACGCUUUACUGAUAUUACGUACGAAAUAAACAGCGAUGGACUAUACGAUGCUGUUCAUGGAGAAUACUAUAUCCCAACGGUCAACACUCAAGAAAAAUUGAUGAAUAUCACGAUGAUGCGAUGCAAAGAAGGAAGUGGAAGAUGCUCGGAUAAUCCAGAACACUUUUAUGAAAUAUUACAUUGCGAGAGAUUUCAUAAAGACGAAUCUGGUCCAUGGUUUAUGCUUUCUGAUGGCAUGAAUAGUGAUUCGAAAUGUGGCGAACAAAGUGGGCACUUCAAAUUGAGUAAUGCGAAAUUGAAGCCAGAAUAUUUGACAAAUUUUAUGGUUCACGAUGUUGACUAUCCGCGCCAUCGAAUGAUUCACAUGGUUCGCAAACCUAUUGAAGGUACAGAUGAUGUAAUCAUGCGUGCUUGCGUUGAUAUGGAGUUCACUAUUUUCUUCUAAAAUGCCUGUUUGCACUGGAAACGAAGCUACAAAAUGACGCAAUAGAAUAGAAAGCCGCAAAUAGUUGGUGUGAAAUAAAGCAUUUCCAUUU